AAGUGAGGCGAAUGAUGUUCAAAAAGUUCAUAUUACACCGAGAUUCCCAAAUUCGACAUUGGAUAUGCGAAACACAGCAAAUCUACUAUAUGUACAGAUUGAUAAUAUAGAUCUACCCGAAGAAAGAAUGUGUGAUGUGCUCAUAUGCUAUACACCAUUGAGGGAAGUAAUUGUAGAAUCUUCGCAUAAAACGAAACUCUGUUGUCUUGGCAACACCUCCAAAAGGACUGUGAACGUAACACCCACACCCACACCUGCAGAUAGCACAACCAACCCGACCGUGAAAAGCGCUAUUCUGACUACUGCUGAGGCUUCUGUUAGGCGACAGACUGUGAGCGUAACACCCACACCCACACCUGCAGACAGUACAACCAACCCGACCGUGAAAAGUGCUAUUCUGACUACUGCUGAGGCUUCUGUUAGGCGACAGACUGUGAGCGUAACACCCACACCCACACCUGCAGACAGCACAACCAACCCGACCGUGAAAAGCACUAUUCUGACUACUGUUUACGCCCUAUCAUUCAGCACAGGAUUCUGUAUCAUUGUGAUUGUGAUACUUUUCAUUAUGCACAAAAAAAGAAUCAUACGGUUGAAACGACUUGAAAUCAGACUAGAUCGUAUUACAGCAGAAAUUACGUCAUCUACUGUUACAUCUACAGCACCCCUUGUGAGGAGUCUAUCGGAUCCAGCCAUGAGCAGCACUAGACUGUCAGAGAUUUCUAUGAUAGACACAAGUACUAACACAAGUGCAGUAGCACCAGUUUACAGAUACCCAACUAGACUACAGUCUAGAUUGCUUCAUUAGACAUUGUAAUAUUCUCAGUUGAGCAUUAUUACUUCUUUGAGUGUUGCAUUUAAAAGUAUUCUUUAUGUUAAACACCUGUUUUUGCUUAUUGUUCUUGCAUCAUUGUUCAAGUUUUGAGGGUAUCUUUAAACAUGGUUGAGAUGACUACAACUGAUGUUGAUAUAAGUGUAAAUUUUAUUCAGUCUGAUACAUAAAAUACAUAAAAACAUACAUUAGCAUAGAAUUCAAAAUGAUAGUAAUACACAUUCCAAAUCACUAUGAUUUUAUUUACAUGAUAAAUCCAUGUGUUACAAAUGUUUUCAUACUAAAUCCAGGUGUUAAAAUGUUUUCCAAUUUUGAGUUUAUGACAUACAAAAUUUUACUGCAAAACCAUUGCAUUAAAAUGUGUACAAACAAUUUCCCAAAUGUCAGGUAUUAAUAUUUCCAGAGGUUGUGAGUAAUGCUUAAUAUUGUAACAUAUAAACUCGUAUUCGUGUUUCACAUGAAAUUUCAUAUUUAAAGUAGUUUCACAAUUAAUCCCUGUGGCCAUUUUCACAUUUAAUCCCUGUCUUAAAAAUGUUUGUAUACAGAUACCUCUAAGCAGUUAGUUAUUUUACAACAGUUCAGUAUUUUGUGUUUAGAUCCAUAGUUUUUAUAAUUGUUUUACAAUAAUUCUAGUACAUGUAUGUUAAUAAAUCCACAUGUGUUACAAAUGUUUCACACGUAAUCCAUAUAUGUUUCACAUUAAAUCUAUGUGUUGUACAUGUUUCGCACAUAAUCCAUCUAUGUUUCACAUUAAAUCCAUAUAUGUUACAAAUAUUUCAUAUGUAAUCCAUGACUUUUAGCUGCAACUGUCUAACGCACUUGAACAUUUUACCUGAAAAAUGAAUAGCAUCAAGAAUUAGCUUUGACAACAUUACCAUAUAAAUACUUGUGCUAUCUCAUAAAUACUUGUGCUACCUCAUAAAUAUUACCUCGAAUGUUCACUCAUAGAUUGUGUUUUAACUUUUAAGUUAGAUAUUUUCUUUUGAAACUUGUUUCCUUAAGUUAUUGCAGCUUAAUUUUAAAAGCAUCUCCAUCUAAUCAAUAAAUAGCAUAAUCAAAGAUAUUAGCAUGAUCAAACAUAUCACACUUGAUAUUUCUCAUGAGAUUACACCACUUAUAUGAUGUUUCAUUUCGCUUAUAGUUAUAUAUCUCAACAAGGCUUUCACGCACAUGUCAUUUUAGGCAUUUUGAGUACUUAGGAAAUACAUUGAUCAUUAACAUAUCUGUUUUCUUCUUUUAUUUUUAAAUAUUUCAUUAUUCACGAACACAGUUUGCUUGAAAGCCUUGUUAUGUUGUUUG